AUGUCUAUGGCUCUAGCGAUUUCAUAUCGACGACAUGGCGUCCCAUCUUCUUGCGAAUACUGUCCAGCACUUGAUUUCGAAACCGUAUUGGGUAGUAGUGCUGGCAAUGUGACUUGGUUGCAAGAGCCGGAAAGGACAGGUCUGAGUUCUUCUUUCUACCAUCAUACCGACCUAAUUGUUAAAUGUCCAGGAUUCUUCUUGCAAACCCCCAAAGAUGGUGACGGGCCACAGGUUUCAUUUGGGGCAUCCACGGAAUCCCACUUGGGCUCCGAUUGUGGCCGCAGCUUCACAGGCGUACUUGUGUCGGCGGAUCCGCAGAUGGUGCGAACUCUCAUUGAUCAGUGGGAAUUACCCCAUCUGUGCCAGGAGUGGGCGGAUUCUGACUUACUACUGGUUAUGCUGCCUUCCAGACUUCUGCAAGUCCACAUUCAAAAUACGUCGCGGACACUGUCGAAGCUACUAAAAAGGGUCGCAAAUGUGGAAGCCCAGAUUCUGGAUCACUCUACAAAUCAGGACUUCAAAGCUUUCAUUCGCGAAUUACACGCUUGUAAUUCAGACCUGGUCAAGCUUGAGAGACGGUGGCAAUUCGAGACAAAAUUGUCGACCACUCUCGCCGACAUCAUUAGGCAUUGCAAGCCAGCCAACUCCAGCAGUUGUUUGGAACGCGAUGUUUUCCAAAAUGUCGAAAACUUUUUAAUCCGGCUGCAAAGGCAGAGUGAAACAUCACAGUAUGAUCUCGGCGUUUUGCCCAGGCGUAUAGAGAACCAGUUCUCCGCGGUAUACAAUCUUACUGCCCAGCACGAUACAGCGGCAACCAUCAAGCUUGCUAGGCAGUCAGGCGAGAUAGCUAAAGCCGCUUUGCGCGACAGCUCAUCGAUGAAAACCAUCGCUGUCAUGACUCUGGUAUUUCUGCCAGCGACUUUCAUCUGCUCCUUCUUCAGCAUGUCAUUUUUCGAUUGGCAGGCAGAUCUUGAGGAGACAGUCACAAUCCGUGUCUGGAUUUAUUUCGCUGUUGCCGUGCCUCUGACAUUUGUGGUAAUACUAUGUUGGCUUUUAUACACUCGGAGAAAUAGAGAGAAGGUUGAUGACUUGGUGAAUCACUCGAGUACAGCUUCUCGAAGGAGCCUCUCUGUCUAA